UCCGGGUAGAUGGAGGCGCACGCGGAGCUAAUUGAUCUGGUCGAGAUUUGGAUGUCGACAGUUGAGACGACGCGUUAAUCCUGAGGUCUCUGGUUUCCAACCCUUGAUGUGUCAGAAGACAAAUCUAAGAGGACACGAGAUGAUCAACAAGGGUCAGUGGUCGAAAUGGGUGCUCGGCCUGCCAGGUCCCAGUAACAUGGAUCGGGGGGUCCCAACGUAUAUCUGCUGAUUACAUCUCCUGAAGUGGAAAAAAAUGCAAAUAAUAAAUGUACGAGCAACGUGCUUGUUUUUUUGCUUGAUUAAUUAUGCCGUUUAAUUCCAGAUCCACCAUGCCGCUCCACCGUAUAAUUUCCCAGUGGUCUCGGCUGUUUCUUCUCACACACGCGCUCUCUCCUUUUUUCCUCAUUGCAAAAUGAAUCAUGGAUCCAACCGUCUGCACCCGGGGGAGAGCGGCGAGCUGGCGAAUAGGCUGACCAAUCAUGAGCAUCAGAGGCAGACACAGACGGAGUGAGCCUUUUGUUGUGCGCUGCACACAUCAAGUUAGAAGACAACUACCGAUUCGGCCUGAAGAAAAUUAAAAGAUGGAGAGUGUAAGCUUGUCCAAUCAGACUGGUCAGCGUGUGUUUAUCUGAGUGGGUGGCAGGAUUUCUGUGCCAUUCAUAAUAUCAACUGGGACCAUGGCCGCUCUUCUAUUCCCAGCCUGGCCAACCCUCUCUCAGCCUCCUGACAGUUCCAGGUCUGAGUCCGUCACAUCCUUAGCCAAUCAGAGCCUUCGUUAACAGCAGCGUCGGCGCGUAAUUGGGAGAAGGAUGGCAACCAUGCCGUUCGUCAGCGAAGGAAAGUGUGUGAGUGUGGAAUGGGACUUUCUACAAGGACUGCUGGCCAAGCCUCCCACCCUGCCCUGCCUGCAGAACCUGCGUAAAGAGAAGUCUCGCAAUGCGGCUCGUUCACGGCGGGGGAAGGAGAAUUUCGAGUUCUUUGAGCUGGCUAAGAUGUUGCCUCUACCUGGGGCCAUUACCAGCCAACUGGACAAGGCCUCGGUCAUCCGGCUGACCAUCAGCUACCUGCACAUGCGCACCUUCGCCAACCAGGGGGACCCUCCCUGGAACCCUCUGAUGGAGGGUGACAGCAACUGCAGCAAAGUGAGGCGAUCGUCCCAUUCUCUGGCCACUGACAUGUUUGAGCAACAUCUUGGGGCGCACCUCCUGCAGUCUCUGGAUGGCUUUGUGUUCGUGGUCAGUCAGGAGGGACGGUUCCUCUACAUCUCAGAGACAGUUUCUAUCUACCUGGGACUCUCACAGGUGGAGCUGACCGGCAGCAGCGUGUUCGACUAUAUACACCCAGCGGACCACGUCGAGAUGGCCGAGCGACUGGGAAUCAGGCCGCAUCUGAGGGCCGAGGCCGGCUGCCACACAGCUCCUGAGAGCGCCUCCAGCUCCGCAUCCGCCUCCUCGCUGGCUGGUACCCCAGAGCCCGCUCCAUCCAGUCCUCACUCUCCUGCUGACGAACCUCCUGAUCGCGGCUUCUUUAUCCGCAUGAAGUCCACGCUCACCAAAAGAGGCCUGCAUGUCAAGUCUUCUGGAUACAAGGUGAUCCAUGUGACAGGGCGAAUACGCUGCCGUCCUGCACUGGUGCCGGGCUCCACGCGGUCAGUGCGUCGUCCGCUGGGUUUGGUGGCACUGGCGCACACACUCCCGCCCUCCACCCUUAAUGAAGUCCGCAUGGAGAGCCAGAUGUUCGUCUUCCGCGUGAACAUGGACCUACAGGUCACGUAUUGUGAGAACAGGAUCUCAGAGUACAUGGAUCUGACCCCAGCAGAGGUGGUGGGACAUACCUGUUACCACUUUAUCCAUGUAGAAGACCUAGAAAACCUGAGGCAGAGCCAUGAGGACUUGCUGAGGAAAGGCCAGGUAGUGACGGGUUACUAUCGUUGGCUCCAGAGGAGAGGAGGCUACCUGUGGAUCCAGUCCAAUGCCACUGUCUCCAUCAACCACAAAGCCCCCCACGAACGCAACAUCAUCUGGGUCAACUAUGUCCUGAGUCGAACAGAGUUGCCCGACACUCCCCUGGAUCUACUCCAGCUACCUGAGGGCGUACGAGCAGAAAGACUUCGAGUUAGCGCCUCUCCCGCUAACAGCUCCCCACAGGGCCGUGGUUCACAAUCAGCGAAGGGCUCGGCGGGGAAGAGUGACCCCGACACUAAAGGAAGAGAGAAAUUCACUGCCGCUACGAUCCAAUCAGAGGACAGGAGGAAGCGCCUUCUGAGGUCCGACCCGGAGGGGGCUCCUCCCGAAAACCGUCGCAGACUGGAGGAACUCCGUCACGUGGAGGAGAGCGUAUCAGCCUCCUCAGACCUGGCGAGUGAAAGUGAGGGGGAGGAGGACGAAGAAAUGGAGUGGGACCAGGGGGGAGACAGUGACCGAUUGAAACUGGAAGACGGAGGAGGUAAACAGAGUAGGGAAGGAGACACCCCGACUAGAGGGGAGAGAGGAGGGAGGGCACACAACGGCCGGGCUGUGAUACAACAGCUGAAGAGUGUAGUGACCCCCUCCCCCCUGUCGGGCAGCCCCAGCAUCAAGACUGAGCAUGACUCCCUGACCACCGGGGGUCGUUGGGGGUCCCACACACAAACCUCCACCUCACACAACACCCAGCAUCAGCCCUCACAUGCACAUACUCCCUCCAGCAGUCUCAACGGCGACAGCCCCACCACCCCAAUCCCCGACUCUUCUUCCAGCAGUGAAGCCCCUCCGAAAGGUUUGUUCACUCCCCCAUCCCCUGCGUUGUCCCCGGCCAUGUCUGUGUCCUCCCCGCUACCCCGUGAGGAGAGGGCUGUGUCAGGCGUGGUCAGUCGGGGCAGUGGUGGUGUCGGCGGUGCAGGUUGUGGUCCGGACUUUGAACUGCUCCAGAGACUGGCUGCAGGCGGUGCUGCGGGGCGGGUCCUCUUUCACCCCCUUGCCCUCGGACCACAGGGCCCUCAGAGCCUCUAUGCCCCCAGCACUAUCCGCUACGCUCCACCUGAGCUGCCUCCCUCCCACCAUCACAGCGCGGGACACAGUGACGGCCUGCAGCUACGCUCAGACCACCACAAGGGACCCCCGCCAGCCUUCUUCCCCCACCUACAGCGGCUGGCCGGCCUGCCACCCUUCAGUGGUUUCUCCCCGUCUGACAGCCCUUUCUCCUCCGGCCUGCCAUUCUGUAUGAAUGGACUGAGGGGGGCUGCAGGCUCUGAGGAGGACUGAGAGUCAAAAGGGGAGGAGGUGAGCGGAGAAGAUAAAAAUGAAGGAUGGAGCGGGGCGACGGAACAGAAAGAGAGACAUUGAAAAGGGCAGGACAGACAGAAGUGGCAGGACAUUAAGCCUCUAAGGACAUUACUAAUUGGACAAUGAGUUGAAUAACUGAGAUCUAAAGUAUGUGACAAGUCGCUGCCGUGGGGAAUUAUUGUGUCAGUUGUGGACAAGUGACAGUGGUUCUCAAAGAAAAUGGGACAUGGAAACUUUUGACUGGUUGUCCCUCAAGACUUUUCUUCUCUACAACAAUAAUGAACUCUGCUCUGUGUCUUUCUCUAGAUGACUGUGUUGAUUGCCGUGUCUCUUCCACUCAGAGAAGCCAUAUUGUAUAUAGAGACAAAAACCAUAAAGACCCUCAGCUCACACCUCACUGUCACCUCCCAAUUAACCCAAUUAACUCUGAAGACAGUAGAAAGAAGUGGACACUUGUCUGUAGGAAUGAAAGUGACUUUUGAAUAUACAUUUUUAUUAUUGCAGUAUCAUACAAAUCACCUCUUUCACUGAGAUCCAGGUGAGAAUUUGAUUAUAGUGUUUCCCAUAAAAUAGAUGGAGACAGCCCUCUGGGGGGGUUUUGUAUUGAGAUUCAAAAUAAUGAUAAUUUAAAAAGAAAUCCAAGUUUUCAUCAGUCAGCCAUACUUAAAGCACACUGUUGGGAUAAAGAUAUGAAUAAUGUAGUCCCAUACAUUCCACUAUAUAUAAAGGAAGACAAUGCAAUGCAGACUGGAUGGUAUUUCUGUUGUCUGAUUAUAGGAAUUUAAUUUGUUUACCUGAGUAUUAAUUAUAGUAUAUUCCAUAUGAUGCUACGAUUGUGUUUGUGUAUAAAAGCCAUAUUCUUGUUUUCUUAUGUUUUUUAAUGUUUUUUUGAAUUUAUUUUUGAACCAGAUAAAACAGACGGAAGAAUGGUGUGAACAAUGUGUCUAGACAGACAAAAUAACAUAGUUUUAUUGGACGCACAAUGUUUUUUUUAGUUAUAAUUCUCAAAAAAAAAAAGGCAUUUCUGAAAAAUGUUUUUAGGAGGAGGAAUGGUGCUGGACAAAAGUGUUUUAUCAUCAUUUCUGUGUUUCUCUGAGCACUUACUGGAAUUUGUUCUGGUGUGAACUCAAAGCACUUCAUCACGUAACGCUCGCUAUGUGAUCCUGUUAAAACAGAAAACAAUGCAAGAGUGGUCACUAAUAUCUCAGCCCGACCACAGUGUCGUAGAGAGGAUAGAUGCUCAUUAAAAAAAAAAAAAGACCAUGUGUGGUCAUUAAAAGACGACCAAUAGAGGUCUAUAAAAAUAACCAGAACUAUUCUGAUAUUGGUGUCAAUUCAAUUCAGUCAAAUCGAAAUAACGUUUUAAAUUAAAAAGUCGAAAAGUAUAAAACACUUUAAAUCUCUAUUUCGCACUGAUUGAUUGGAAUUCAUCUCAGGACUGUAAUAAAAUGAUUAAAACACUUUUAUAUGAAAAUAAAUAAGUGCUGCAAGUAUUUCAUGUCCCAUUUGAACUGAGGUGAGUCACAAACAAUUUGGUUAUUGUCUGAAAUACUCCAAUGCAAUAUUUAAUAUUUGAAAAUGUGACAAUUUUUUGCUUAAUGAAGACGCAAGUAUUAUUGAAAAAAAAUAGUAUUGUCACAUUUUAAACAAAAUUAAACAAUUAUAUAGGCACUUGGAAAGAAAAGAUCACAUGAUUUUCUAGCACUUUGAGUAAAGUCCUUCAAAAUUAUCAAUAUACACCAGAAUUUAUAUGAUCUGUUGAAUAACAAGUCUUCAGAACGAGAAUUCCUCCACGUUGAGUUUAUGGUUCUCUGUCUGAUCAGAGGGCUCAGAUGUUCUGAUGUCUGACGGGGGGGAAAAAGAAAGAAAAAACAUUUGUAAUUGUUCAAAUCCAAUGUGCACUACACACCCAUACUGUAGCUGUCAAAUACAAAUCUGUGUGGGCGAGCGCACAUAUUCUCGGGUGUUUAACGGUGUCGUGUGCGUAUGAAUGCGGGCGUGUGCGUUUGCUUGUACAAGCGUGUGGGUUUUUUUUAUUGAAUAGCUACCCCCUUGCCCAUCACUGUGAAUCUAAUGUUAUCCUUCCAUCUCUGUGAAUACACCACCCACAUCAAAUAAAAUGAACACAUGUAAAAAGAAAAGCAGUGAUACAGAUGACGAUAACAAUAAAGUAUUCCAGUAGAGGAGCACAACUCAA